AAACAGUAGCGGGCCUAAUUUUUCAAAAUCAAAGGGUCCAUAGCUGGAGCGAUAUGGACAUGAUUUAUUCUUUAGUUGCUGUCACGUUCGCCAUCUUAUCUGCUGAAGCUGCCAGUUAUAAAGAAAAUGAAAAGGUUCCAAUUUAUGUGAACAAAGUUGGUCCCUACUUUAAUCCACAAGAGACAUAUCACUACUAUUCACUGCCUGUAUGCAGACCAGAUAAGGUGGAGCACAAAAGCUUGACUCUUGGUGAAGUGCUAGAUGGAGAUCGAAUGGCAGUUGCUCUGUAUGACUUGAAAUUCAAAGAAAAUUAUAAUGAUAAAUUACUGUGUAAAGUUCAGUUGAAACAAAAGGACAUAGAGCAAUUGAAGCAUGCUAUUGAAGAGCUUUAUUACUACGAGUUCAUUAUAGAUGAAUUACCUGUUAGAGGCUUCAUUGGCCACCUGGAAGAAAGUGGCUUUUUGCCUCACAAGCAUAAAGUUUUCCUUUGGAACCACUUGAACUUCAACUUUGAGUACAACAAUGAUCAGGUGAUAUCUGCCAAUGUCAGCACAUACGGCCACCAGCCAGUGGACUUGGCAGACCCACAAGGAUUGCCACUGGACUUAUCUUACACCUACAGUGUUUCAUGGACAGAAACGAACGUUCCAUAUUCAGAGAGGCUUACCAGAAGCAAGGCCAGUGGAUUUUUCCCAAAGAGCCUCGAAAUUCAUUGGUUGUCAAUCAUAAACUCAGCAGUACUCGUUUUUCUUCUGAUUGGCUUCGUCUCGAUAAUAUUGAUGAGGGUUUUGAAGAAUGACUUCUCAAGAUAUAAUGUCGUAGAAGAAGAAGUAGGAGAGCAAGAGCAAGACGACUGUGGAUGGAAGAUGAUAAAUGCUGAUGUUUUCAGGUUUCCGAAACAUCGAAGUUUACUUUGUUCAGUUUUAGGAAAUGGUAGUCAAUUUCUUACACUGGGGCUUGGAAUUAUCACCAUGGCUCUUUUUGGAAUGUUCAACGUUCACAGGCAUGGAUCGAUGAACACUGCUGCUGUGUUGUUAUACGCCCUAACCUGCUUUGUCUCCGGCUUUGUGUCAAACAGUUUUUAUAAGCAGAUCGCGGGGGACAAAUGGGCGUGGAAUCUUGUCCUAACUGCUUCCCUGUUUUCAGUUCCGUUCUUCCUGAUUUGGAGUGUGAUCAACUCGGUAGCUUGGUACAACCAAUCCACACAAGCCCUGCCAUUCACAACCAUCGUCCUUCUUUUGCUUAUCUGGAUAUUAGUUGGAUUUCCCUUAACUGUUCUUGGGGGAAUUUUUGGCAAAAACUGGACUUCUGGUUUUGAGGCCCCGUGCAGGACGAAAAAUAUCCCACGUGAAAUCCCAUCCAAGCCUUGGUAUCGUAGAACAUUUAUGCACAUGAUUGUUGGAGGAUUUCUGCCAUUCAGUGCAAUAUCAGUUGAACUGUACUACAUCUUCUCUACACUCUGGGGUCGUGAACAGUACACAUUGUAUGGGAUACUUUUGGUUGUAUUCAUGAUUUUGCUUAGUGUCACGGCCAGCAUAUCCGUCGCCUUGACCUACUUCCAGCUGUCUGCAGAAGAUCAUCGCUGGUGGUGGACUUCAAUCGUGUGCUCUGGCUCAACUGGUUUCUUUAUCUUCGCAUAUUCGAUUUAUUUCUAUGUGAAGAGAUCAAACAUGUUUGGCUUCAUGCAGUCUUUGCAGUUCUUCGGCUACACUCUGCUUGUCUGUUACAUAUUCUUUCUCAUGCUUGGAACAGUAGGGUUCUUCGCCUCUCUCAAGUUUAUCAAGUACAUUUACCGAAAUAUAAAGAUGGAUUAAUGGCACUCAAUUGAUUAUUAAUAGGAUUGUACAGAUUUCGAACACUUUUAAUCCUUAACUGGGACGUAGGAAUCAGUCAACAUCGGGGAGACUAGCCCUCCCAUUUUUUGAGAAAGUUUGUGCUCUUUACUUGUGUGACAAGGCCAAGGCUUCUUACUGUAAAUCAUAAGAACAGCAAUGUGUAAUAUUUAGCACGAUCAUGUUUUACUUAUGGAGCUCAAUGCCCCCUGAUAGAUAAAAGUUGCAGCAAAUUUACUCUUUUCUGUCAAUGGGCGUGAUCGUGUGCCUUCAAAAUGUUGCCCUCCGAUGCUUCCUACGUCCCUCUUUGCCUUUGAAUCCGAGUAUUUGCUUGAGAUAAAGUGCGAGGCUGUACCUACUGCCAUCGUUAUGUAUACUAUAAUUUGUUCCCUUCGUUUCAACCAUACCCCUUUCAGGUUUGCACAGACAGCUUGCAACAUAGAUCUGGUGUCCUCUUGUCAAACUUUGCCCAGAAGUUUAUAUUGAUUCAAAAAAGUAUUUGGCUCCUUAUCCUUUUUGCCAAUGGUUGUAACCAAAUUUUGAAGGGGCAGAUGCGUAAAAGUAGAAAAGCUGAAAUCUUAAUAGUUUUCCUUCCUGGUAAUAGAACCAAACUCGCACCUUUGCGAUCCAACUUAAAUGCCUUGUAUGCUGUAGUAAUAAAUCAAUUUCUAAAGUGAGUAUAUUUACCGUAAUUUACCAAGGUUUAUCAACGUUAACUAAGCUGUAAAGUCGAUCAAAAUGCAGUGUUUUUUACUCCUCACCUCUAUCAAGCUAGCAUUUUGAGGAUUGUCAUAAUAACCAAUAGGCCGCAAUAGAAAUGUCUGCUGAUGUCUUGAGUAAUACGCUAACAUAUGCUAAUUUCCAGGAGAUAAUAACCAUUUUAUC